AUGGCUCGCACUCUGGCCUUCGGCUUCGCCGUAGGCUUCCUGGUAGUUCUUGCUCUCGUCAUCGUCAUCUCCCUCCGACCGAACGCUUGGUCCCGCUCGGCACGCGCCAACACUCCUUCGAUCAGCCUAUACAUGCCGCGCCCACGGACUCUCAACCUACAAGCCCACUUCGGGACUCUUCGCCGACUUCCAAACUCACCCACACGCUCGACUUUCUCUGCUUCAAGCGAAGAAAGCGAGGAGUCAUACGAGAAGACUGCAGUCAAGCACGAACUCUCCGCGUCGUACGACUCAUUAUCACAUACCAAGCCGGCUGAGACGCUCAGCAUGCUCGCUGCGGUCCCCGGGCAUAUCCUCGCAUUGAUCACCAGUCCGGUGCCGCUGCGCUCCCGCCGCGCCACCGCGUCAACUGCCCCGACUGUCCACCUGUCCUUCCCCAACGAUGUAGGACCGCCCCGCCCCGCUAGGGCACUGCCCGUGAUACAUAGGCGGCACGGCGCAAUCUCGCUGGCCCGCCCUCCACCGCCGAAGUCUACUAGCCAACGGCCGGACUCGCUCCAGUCGUUCGAGAGUCCAUCCGUCUAUUCUCAAAUGACAACUGCCGUGACGGAUGACGUUCCCACCAUCAUGGUCUCUGCGCCGUCGUGCCCAACAUUGGAGGUCUCAGAAGUGGGAGGAAGAGAGGGCCGGAUGUUAGGCCCGCAGGGCUACUACUUCUAG